AUGGUGAAAAACGGGAUGAAAAGUCAGGGGUCCACCCCACAAGCCUCCAAGGGCACCCACAUUCUGGUCCCCCUAGGCAGCUCCCUGCCCGGCGUGGGCUGGUCAGCGGAAGUGACCAGCACGGAUGCCAACACGGUCUGUGUCCGGGUCUGCUCCUCGCCCAGAGCUGUGAUCGGCAAGUACCAAUUCAGCAUCAAAACCCGAAGCAAGGCGGGCGAAUACGCCGCCCCCUUUGACUCCAACAACGAGGUUUACAUCAUCUUCAACCCUUGGUGCAGCGAGGAUUCGGUCUAUAUGGAAAACAGCGAGUGGCUGGAGGAAUAUGUCCUGAAUGAAACGGGGAGAAUCUACUAUGGAACGGAGAGCCAGAUCGGGGAACGGACGUGGAACUACGCGCAGUUUGACCAUGGCAUCCUCGAUGCAUGUUUGUUCAUGCUGGAUAAGCGCGGGAUGCCUCACGUGAGCCGGGGAGAUCCCAUCAUGGUUUCCCGCGUCGUCUCUGCCAUGGUGAACUCUCUGGAUGACAACGGGGUGCUGGUUGGCAACUGGACCGGUGACUAUUCCCGGGGCACCAACCCUUCGGCGUGGGUUGGCAGUCGAGACAUCCUGCUGAAAUACCUCCGCACGGGUUACCCCGUCCUCUACGGCCAGUGCUGGGUGUUCGCUGGCGUUGUGACCACAGUGCUGCGGUGCCUGGGCAUCGCCACGCGGACGGUUACCAAUUACAACUCGGCGCACGACACGGACGUCAGCCUCACCAUGGACAUCUACUUUGACGAGAAUAUGAAGCCGCUGGAGCAUCUCAACGCCGACUCGGUCUGGAAUUUCCACGUCUGGAAUGAUUGUUGGAUGAAGCGGCCGGACCUGCCUUCAGGGUUUGACGGGUGGCAGGUGGUGGAUGCCACUCCCCAGGAGUCCAGCAGUGGCAUCUUUUGCUGUGGGCCCUGCUCGGUAGAGGCCAUCAAGAACGGUCUGGUCUACAUGAAAUAUGACGCUUCCUUCUGCUUUGCUGAGGUGAACAGUGACAAAGUGUACUGGCAACGCCAGCCAGAUGGGAGUUUCAAGAUUGUCUACGUAGAGGAAAAAGCCAUCGGCCAUCUCAUCAGCACCAAGGCGGUAGGGUCCCAACGGCGCCACGACAUCACGACCCUUUAUAAGCAUCCUGAAGGAUCGGAAGCUGAGCGCAAGGCGGUGGAAACAGCUGCCAAACACGGCACCAAAGCCCACAUCUAUGCCAACAAGGAGUGGGGAGAAGACAUCUCAGUGUCAGUGGACACUCAAGAGGCCUACACAGGGCAGGACAUCUCCCUGCGGGUCAUUCUGAAGAACCGAAGUUCGAUGCCCCGCAGCGUCUCCCUCAACCUCUUUGUAGCAGUCAUGUAUUACACUGGAGUCACUGGCAGCAAUUUCAAACAGGAGCAGCGGCAAGUCCAGAUUCCAGCAGGAGGAGCCCAACCGGUUCCCAUGGUGAUCUCCUACCCGGAGUACAAGCCCCAUUUGGUGGACCAGGGAGCUAUGAAGCUGAGUAUCUCCGGGAAGGUAGCUGAGACCGGACAGGUCAUCGCAAAGGAACACACUUUCCGUCUUCGCACACCAGACCUCACCCUGACGCUGCUCGGUCCAGCCAUCGUCGGGCAGGAGACCCAAGUCCAGAUCGUCUUCAAGAAUCCCCUUCCGGUGACGCUGACCAACGCCACCUUCCACAUGGAAGGAUCCGGGCUCUCCACUCCCAACACGAUGACCGUAGGGGAUAUUGGUCCGCACCAGACGGUGACGCUCCGCCAGAACUUCACGCCGUUGCGCCCCGGCCGUCGCCAGCUGGCUGCCAGCUUGGACAGCCCCCAGCUCUCCCAGGUCCACGGCGUGCUGGCGAUCGACGUGGCCCAGGGACCCCCAGCGGGCCCCUCGGCUUCCCCUGCACCUGCCCGGGGAUCUCCCGCCCGGGGCCGAGGCUCCCCUGCCCACACCCGAGGCUCCCCUAACGUGGCUCGAGCCUCCCCGAGAAGGCAGCCCGCCAACCACAGCAGCCCAGCCAACGUGCGGGGCUCCCCCAACCGCCAGCCCAACCCCCGGGCAUCCCCCAACGUUCACAGGGCAGGGGCCACGGGGAGGCCCGUCUGAGCCAGGUCCUGACCGCGGGGCGGAGUGUGCCGUGACAGCACAGCAGAACCAGGUGGCAGAGAGAGGAGGGGGGCCCUGCCUGAGCCACAGAACCACAGUGGGGUGUGCCGAGCUGACGAGGUUGGCGGGAGAAGUUUCUCCUGGUCUUCUUCCAGGAGACUUCUCCGCCUCUAUAUCCACCGCCUUGUCUUUUCUUCGUUUUCUCUGCGUUCUGCUGUCCCAUUUUUCCUACAUGCAUUUUCCCUGUACAUAGACCCACCCGACCGAGUUGUAAUUUCUAUGGCCAAGCUCACUGUUGGCGCAAUCUUGCCGUCUUCCCCAUCCCACACCGUUUCCCCAAGGUGGAGGUUGCUGCCCCUCCAGCUCUGAUAGCCCCUCCACCCUGCCUCCCCUGCCCCCAGGUAUUCUACCAAACCCACCCUGCUAAAUGAGCCCCCCACCCAAAAUGUUUAUUACUUGACUUUUUUUUCACUGUGACUUUAUUUCCUUUUUAAAUGUGCACCCACAUUCACCUGCACACACUCGCUUCUACUAAUGGUGAAAAACGUAUAAGGGGGAUAAGUUAUAAAUUUGCUUUUCAAAUUAUUAUUCCUCCUAAGAUGAGUGUUGUCUUCUCACUCGAGUCAAAAGAAUUCUGUAGGAGUUCCUCCCAUUUUUUCCCUCUUUCCUUGGACCCUGUUUCGGCAGCUUGUGGGGCGGGGGCGGGC